AAUAUUUAAACCACACCUUGUUUGUGGAGAGAACUAGAAAGAGCUCGAGAAAGAGUGAGAAAAAUGGAUCAUAGCACUCAGCAGGAUAGCGUUGAAGAACAGGUGAAGAAAAAGCCUUUGAAAGAAGAAGUUCAUGAAAAGGUCCCUGCUCCAGUCCCACUUCCUGAAUUAUUUCCAGAACUGGAUGAAAAAGAGUAUGAGACAAAGCUAUCUGAAGAUGAUGUUAAACACAUCGUUGAAGAUAUUCGUAUUCUGCUGAUUACUGUCACUGAGAAAGAGCUAAGAGGAGUGUUGGGCUACUUAAAGCCAUUAAAGGAUAAAGUUAUCAAAUUAUUUAUUAAUGAUACUUUGAUUUACAUUGGAAAAUACGGAGAAUAUUCAGUUGUCAUUGGAAGGAGUGCAUAUGCUAAAGGUCAAAGUGGUUUAAAUGCUUUUAUAGUCACAAAUAAGAUAAUGGAGAUAUUUGAGCCAAGAUAUAUAAUUGCAGUUGGAACCUGCUUUGGAAUGGAUUCAAACAAAGUGCAACUUGGUGACGUCAUUGUUUCUGACAUGAUUGUGGAUUUAACCACCUUUAAGGUAGAAAACGGGAUUAUUGACAUUCGUGGAGCUCAACCUGGAGCAGGAAAUACUCUUUUACGCUUUUUUGGGGGCACUUCUAGACUUAAAAUAAAACAUUCUGAUAAAGAAAAUGCUAAAGUGGUCAACGUUUAUUGUGGUCCUAUUGUUUCUACUUCUGAUGUAGUCAAUGAUGAAGAUUUUAAAGAAGAUUUAAGAAAAGUACGUUCUGAUGCUCUUGCUGGUGAAAUGGAAGGGACUGGAAUAUUUCGUGCUGCUAGUGAGGCUAAACAUAAAGUAGAAGCUAUUGUCAUUAAAGCUGUUGUUGAUUGNGCUGAUGGGCAGAUAGAUGAAUUCCGAAGUUGGAAGCCUUUUGCAUCUCAUGCAGCUGCUACGUAUGUUCAUCAUAUAUUGAAUAAUGUACUAAAGCCAAUGAGAUCUCGGUGGGCGGGUCUUGCCGAUCAAUUAGACGUGAGUAGACCAGCAGCUGGAGGAGGAGAUGACCUAACGUGUCUGGGUAGCGUAUUAAGAGAAUGGAUGGACAAGAAGGAUAAAGGGAAUCCUGAUCUUAUGUGGAGGGAAAUCAAAGAAGCUGUUACUGAAAUGGAAGAGAGUGAUGUACUUAUUGGACUUUUAGCUAUAAUGGAAAAUCUUUAA